AUGAGCCGCCCGUCCGCCAAAUUAUGCGUGGAGUGCUUCCCGAGCGCUCUCCGAGCGUCACGGCGUGUCCGCCCGACGACGCGGGGUGCUCGUCAACGGUCCUAUGCCACUGAGCGGAGGACGCUCGGCACACCGCAGCGGCCGCACCGCUCGAUGUCGGGAUGUGUCUCCUCUGAGCGCAUGCCGCAAUAUGCGCCGUCACAAUCACGGGGUCAUGCUACCGUUUCGGACAUCGCGAGCAAGGCGCCCAACUCCGCCCCACAAGAUGGACCGAUGAGGGAAUACGAUGUGCGAGUGGAGGGGGAAGAUUACGAGAUGACGAGUACCAGAGAGGUGAGCCCGCACAUGCUUGCAUAUGUUAUGGUUGAUAAUAACACCCGGCGAUCUGCAGGCAUCAUCCAGGGCCUCCAGGACCUCUUCGAGGCACUGAAAGACUACACCCCGCCGAAAGUUGUUCACCCAGAUCCUCAGACCCUAGACCUACAGGCGAAACCUGGAUUCUUCGGAUCGCUCUUCGGAGGCGCUAAGAAGCCGGCGAAGUCGGCUGUUCCAGAAAACUUGCCGAAAGGCGUGUACAUGUAUGGCGAUGUUGGGUGUGGAAAGACGAUGUUGAUGGAUCUGUUUUUUGAUACGCUUCCGCCGAAUAUCAAAGAGAAGACCCGUAUCCAUUUCCAUAAUUUCAUGCAAGAUGUGCAUAAGCGCAUGCACGUCGUGAAAAUGAAGUAUGGAAAUGACUUCGAUGCACUGCCUAUGGUUGCGGCGGAUAUCGCCGAGACCGCUGGUGUGCUCUGCUUCGACGAGUUCCAGUGUACCGACGUUGCAGAUGCGAUGAUCUUGCGACGCCUCCUUGAAAUCCUCAUGUCCCACGGCGUCGUUCUCGUCACCACAUCCAAUCGCCACCCGGACGAACUGUACAAAAAUGGCAUUCAGCGCGAAUCAUUCAUCCCAUGCAUCAACCUCCUCAAGACUGAUCUCACCGUCAUCAACCUCAACUCCCCGACAGAUUACCGCAAAAUCCCCCGUCCCCCUGCGGCCGUCUACCACCACCCUCUCGGCGAAGACGCUGGACGCCACGCGCAGAAGUGGUUCGACUUCCUCGGUGACCCCAUUAACGACCCCCCACACGCAGAUACGCAGGUCGUCUGGGGCCGUGAAAUCAAAGUACCCCGUGCCAGCGGCAAAGCCGCCCACUUCACCUUCCAAGAACUCAUCGGCAGUGCUACUGGCGCCGCAGACUACCUCGAACUUGUCCGACACUACGAUGCUUUCAUCGUGACCGAAGUGCCAGGCAUGAAUCACACGCAGCGUGAUCUUGCACGACGCUUCAUCACGUUCAUCGACGCGGUCUAUGAAAGCAGGGCCAAACUAGUUCUUACCACCGAAGUCCCUCUGGCCAACCUUUUCAUCUCCGACGCAGACAUGAAGAAAACCCUCAAGGACGGCGAGCACUCGGAUCUUUCGGAUGCCAUGCGCAAUCUCAUGGAUGACCUGGGCAUGUCUGUGCAGGCACUCAAGAACACUUCUAUCUUCAGUGGUGACGAGGAGCGCUUUGCAUUUGCGCGUGCGCUCUCUCGUUUGUCGGAGAUGGGGAGUAAAGAGUGGGUUGAGCGUGGACUUGGGCUUGGUAGUGAUGCGCAGCAAAACAAGGAGGAAACCGACGCCUGGAAGAAGACACGGAGUCAUUGGAGUGAAGACAACAUGUAA